CACACCCUGGAGGAAGGAAAUCUGCACAGGGAAACCAAGAAGAACUAAACAGUGGCUCUUCUCAGCAAGUGUUCCAUGAUGGUCGAGCCCUUCUUGGGAACCUGGAAGCUGGUCUCCAGUGAAAACUUUGAGGAUUACAUGAAAGAACUGGGAGUGAAUUUUGCAGUCCAGAGCAUGGCAGGGUUAGUGAAGCCGACAGUAACUAUUAGUGUUGAUGGGAAAACGAUGACCAUAAGAAUGGAAAGUUCUUUCCAGAACACUAAGAUCUCCUUCAAGCUGGGGGAAGAAUUUGAUGAAACCACAGCAGACAACCGGAAAGUAAAGAGCACCAUAACAUUAGAGAAUGGCUCAAUGAUUCAUGUCCAAAAAUGGCUUGGCAAAGAGACAACAAUCAAAAGAAAAAUUGUGGGUGAAAAAAUGGUAGUGGAAUGUAAAAUGAAUAAUAUUGUCAGCACCAGAAUCUAUGAAAAGGUGUGAAGAAAGGUCCACAGCAAUGAAAACUUGUUCACUGACAGGGAACUGGUACUUGAAGAAGAUAUGCCUCAGGGCUAGUGACUUUUUAAAAAAUGUCUCAAUAUAAAUUUGCUCAAUAAAAACAUCAAAUUAAG